AUGAGCUCUGACAAACCAUCUCCUUUCACAGGGCUUGGUGUGAAGCGGCUCAUUAUGCUGCAUCCAUUUGCCAUCAUCUCUUUCCUCUCAGUCUCCUACUAUCUCUGGUCCAGCUUGCCCGCGGAAAACCCAGCCGAUCAAAUCGCCCCCAGUCCAGUGGCAGCUAAAGUCUGCGAAACCCCCGAAUGUGUGCACGCGGCCUCUGAAAUCCUCUACAACUUGGACCCGAACCAUGCGAAAAUCGAUCCCUGCACCGACUUCGAUCAAUAUGUCUGUGGAGGCUGGCGGAAGAGACAUGACAUGCGUCCGGACCAAGGGUCUAUCUUUGCUGGGACUUAUAUGAGUGAAACGGCUCAGUCACAGCUUCGUCAUAUUCUAGAGUCACCCGAGGCUUCGGACCCGGCCGAUGCUAAGAACUUUGACAAAUUGAAGGCGGCCUACGGUGCAUGCAUGGAUGAAUCGACAGUCAACAAGCGUGGCGUGAAGCCGUUGCAGGACCUGCUGUCGGGAUUGGACAAUGUCUAUUCCCUAGCAUCGACAUCUAAAGGCUCUGAUGUAAAUAUCACGGACGCUUUUCUGUAUCUCAUUGGGUCUGGUGUCGAAGCCUUGGUGUCACCGCUUAUUACGCCUGACGACCGUGAUCCGGACUCCAUCGCUAUCUUUGUCAACCCGCUUCUCGAGAUCGGACUUCCGGCUAGAGAGUACUACAACAACACCAAGCUUGUGGCCGAGUACACCCAAGUGGUAGAGAAGGUCCUUGCCGACCUCGUCGGUGGUGAAUCCGCUCAUGGCCUGAGCGAUGUCGUGGGACUCGAGAAACAGUUGGCCGACGCCACCCCGGACACGGCAUCUCAAGAAGAUGUGACGAAAUACUACAACCCGCUGAGCAUCAAGGACACGCAGUCUCUUCUGCCGCAAAUAUCAUUCUCGGACAUCAUCUCUAAUCUGGCGCCUUCGGACUUCAAGACUGACCGGUUGAUCGUGGGAUCUCCUUCAUAUAUGAAGUCAUUGUCGAAGAUUCUGAGCGACACCCCCAGGGAGACCGUUCAGCUCUUCUUCAAAUGGAAGCUUAUCCAAGCAUACGCAGACGACAUCGAGGACCCAAAGAUCAAGCCCCUGCGAGAGCUGAACAACAAGCUUGCCGGCAAAAACCCACAGGCCACCCAAGAUCGAUGGCGCAAGUGCAUCGAAGUCCUGGACGAAGACCUGGGCUGGAUACUCAGCCGAUUCUACGUCCUCAGCGCCUUUUCGGAAGAGUCAAAGAAUCUCGGUGACCAGAUCGUAUCCGACAUCAAAGAGCGCUUCACUUUUACGCUGCACCAGACGGAAUGGAUGUCUCCCGAAGUGAGGAAAUUGGGCAUCCAGAAGGUGGGAAACAUUGUCCAGAAGAUUGGUUAUCCGACCAAGAGCCCCAAUGUCAUGGAUCCGGCAGAUGUGGAAAAGUACUAUGCGGAUCUCAAAGUAUCCAACGAAACCCUGUUUGAAAACUCUUUGGCCGUGGCGAAGUUCGAACUCCAGCAGCAAUGGUCCAAAUUGGGAAAGCCAACGGAUCGCAAUGAAUGGGGCAUGACGGCACCGACGGUCAAUGCAUACUACAAUCCUCCUGGGAACGAGAUCGUUUUCCCUGCGGGGAUCAUGCAGCCCCCGGCCUUUUACGGUCCUGCUGCUCCCCUAUACCUGGCGUAUGGAGCGUUCGGGGCGGUCAGUGGGCAUGAACUCUCACACGCAUUUGACUCGUCCGGCCGACACUACGAUGAGAACGGCAAUUACACGGAUUGGUGGGACGAUAAGACCGUGGAAGGGUUUGAGAAACGGGCCCAGUGCUUCGUCGACCAGUAUUCCAACUUCACGGUUCCCGGAGAGGACUCCGAGCCUCUGCAUGUCAAUGGGCGCCUAACCCUUGGGGAGAACAUUGCCGACGCCGGGGGCCUCUCAGCAUCCUACCAUUCGUGGAAGAAGCGGGACGAGAAAUCCCCCGACCCUAACCUGCCAGGUCUAUCCGACUUUAGCAAGGAGCAGCUGUUCUUCAUCUCAUAUGCCAACUGGUGGUGUAGCAAGACUACGUUGGAAGCCGCACGGGAGGCCAUCUAUAACGAUCCGCAUGCUCCUAAACCCGCCCGCAUUAUUGGAACAAUGGCAAACUCCCUGGAGUUCAAGGAAGCAUUCAAGUGCAAAGAUAAGGAGCCCGUGUGCAAGCUCUGGUAG